UUUUCUCUUUCCAAACAGAACCUCACUAAUAAUUAGCAAGAAAUGUUUUUUAAUUAAUUUAAGCCUUUAUUUGGCAACAGUAACUAAAACCCAGGUGCUAAUUUAUAAAAGGGGAGAUGUUGUAGCAGAGUAUUUAGGAAACAGAGAUUUCCUCUUUCUCAAACUCUUGAACUUAAACAGUGAAAAAAGAAGAAGCAAGAGAUAAGCAAAGAGAUAGAGAUAGAGAUAAAGAGAAAAAGAAAAGUUUUUUGUUUUGGGAUUGUUUAUUUUACUAAGAAUUUCUUGCUUUCUAUAUCUGAUAUUAUUGUCCGUUUACUUUUUCAUUUCUCACAGAAAGGGAGAGAGAAAGAGAAAAGGAACAGAGUUUGUUUAUAUUUUUUGUUGUGUGUGUUUUGUCAAUAUCAUUGGUUGCACGUGGAAACCCAGAAGGUGUUUUUUUCAUUGUUCUUCUUGGAACGUUUGCUGGAGAUAUUGCUUAUAAUUAGCUCUACUGGCUCUGUUAAAUUCUUAAUUCUGAUCCCCCCUCCCCCCUCUUGUUGUUGACACUAUAGUUGGUAAAAGUGUCAAAAGCAUGGCUCUUUCUGGGGAUAAUAAUGAUAGAGGAGAAUUGAGGAUUCAUGAAAAUUUGGAUGAGCUAAGGACGGAUUUGGCUGACUAUAUUGCUGAGUUAUCAGAGGCUGCGGUGAAGGAGCGGGGCGUCUUUGCUAUUGCAUUGUCCGGAGGUUCUCUCAUUGGCUUAAUGGGAAAACUCUGUGAAGCUCCUUAUAACAAGACUGUAGACUGGGCUAAAUGGUAUAUAUUUUGGGCGGAUGAACGUGUUGUGGCAAAAAACCAUUCUGAUAGCAAUUAUAAGCUUGCAAAGGAUGGCCUUCUUUCAAAGGUGCCAAUUGUUCCAAGUCAUGUCCAUUCUAUCAAUGAUUCAGUUUCAGCAGAGGAGGCUGCUGAUGAAUACAUGUUUGUUAUUCGGCAGUUAGUGAAAACACGGAUGGUAGGUGUUUCUGACAUUAGUGACUGCCCGAAGUUUGACCUUAUCCUUCUUGGGAUGGGCCCUGAUGGUCACAUUGCCUCGCUAUUUCCUAAUCAUUCAGUGCUUGAUGAGACAGACGAAUGGGUAACUUUCAUCACUGAUUCCCCCAAACCACCACCUGAGAGGAUAACAUUCACUUUGCCUGUCAUCAAUUCAGCGUCCAAUGUAGCAAUGGUUGUGACAGGUGAGAACAAAGCAGAGGCUGUGCAUUCGGCAAUCGAUAACAUCGGACCUGACUGCCCGUCACUGCCUGCACGGUUAGUCCAACCAUCGAAAGGGAAGUUGAUAUGGUUUCUGGACAAGCCAGCUGCAUCAAAACUAGACGGCUUCCAAUUCUCUGAGUAGGGUCCAGGUUUUUUCUUGUCAAAGUGUAUCUUUGUAUGUAGUGGAGGGUUUUGAAACCUGUUGAUCCUCAUCCUCGAUUAGUUCCUGGCAUCUUUUUCUUUUGACUUUGGGUUAAAUUCUUCAUUUCGGUUUCUUCCUCUCUUUUCUAUUUGAGAUGGGAAGUGUGAAAUCCGUUUUGUAAGGAGAGGUAAAUAAACGUUGGUUUCUUGUGCAAAAGCUUUUUCUUGGUUCAGGUUCCAUUUAGACCGUUUCAUUGGGAA